AUUUUAGCAUAGUAUUUUUUAAUUGGCAGGUGGUCAAAUUAACUUCCGGUGUUUUUGAUUAAUCUGUGGUUGCCGUCUUCUAUGUAAUUUCUGUGAUAAAUUGCAUUUAAAGCAUAAUGCUUCUUAUAUGUUACUAACUUAUUAUGCCAAUGAGCAAAAACAAAUUUAAUCUUCGCUUGCCAACUCAGGCAGGCGAAGAUGAAUCGGACGGUGCAGAGAAACAAAAUGUUGCUCUCCUAGAAGCUCUGACAAAGAAGCUGAAGGAACUAGACAUUGAUGACCAACAACGAGAGAGACUAGAGGCUUUCCUUACACAGAAACAGAAAGUUGGAGAGUUAGUAGCAGAAGAGUUUGACAAGAUCGGUGAACUAGGUGCAGGCAACGGUGGUGUUGUCAUGAAAGUUCUACACAGACCAACUGGAUUGGUUAUGGCACGCAAGCUUAUACACCUAGAAAUCAAGCCAGCAAUUAGGAAUCAAAUCAUUCGAGAAUUGAAAGUGUUACAUGAAUGCAACUCCCCCUACAUUGUGGGAUUUUAUGGUGCAUUUUACAGCGAUGGGGAGAUCAGCAUAUGUAUGGAGUAUAUGGAUGGAGGCUCCUUAGACUUAAUUUUGAAGAAAGCUGGAAGAAUACCAGAGCCAAUCUUGGGCAAAAUCACAUUUUCAGUGCUUAAAGGUUUGAUAUACCUGCGAGAAAAGCACUCAAUUAUGCAUAGAGAUGUGAAGCCCUCCAAUAUUCUGGUGAAUUCACGGGGCGAGAUCAAGAUCUGUGACUUUGGAGUCAGUGGCCAGUUGAUUGAUUCAUUAGCAAACUCCUUUGUGGGUACCAGGUCGUACAUGUCUCCUGAGAGACUGCAGGGAACCAACUACUCUGUUCAGUCUGACAUCUGGAGCGUGGGUCUGUCCCUUGUGGAGAUGGCUAUAGGCCGGUACCCGAUCCCUCCCCCUGACCCAAAGGAUCUGGAGGAGAUGUUUGCCGAGGAUGUGAUGGAAGAGCAUCGUGAGGCAGCACGCACUGGCAAACCACUCAGAGGAUCAACAAGGGUUGUAAACCUCCCCAAUCUGCAUGGCUCUGACGGCCCUAGGCCCAUGGCCAUUUUUGAGCUUUUAGAUUUCAUUGUUAACGAGCCUCCCCCAUCACUUCCAAAAGGAAAAUUCUCAGACGAAUUUGUUGAUUUUGUCGACCGAUGCUUAAAGAAGAAUUCUUGUGAGAGAGCAGAUCUGCACUCUUUAGCUAGUCACCCGUUUGUGAAAAGGGCAGAAGCUGAAGACAUCGAUAUUGGGAACUGGGUGUGUCACGUGAUGGACAUUAAACCCGAUAACAAGGGCUGAGGGGUCAAGCAUUCCAGGGGUCAUGCAAUAGGCAGCUCCACCAGGCCGGAGUGGGCUUCAGAAGGGAACUUAGGGAGCUAAUCAGUGUACAACCUAGUCCAGAGUUACCUGCAAUGAGAACUAGUUACUUUUCUGGAGCCCCCCAAAAAACAAAUGUUUAUUAAUUACAUUUAUCUCUAUAUUUCAUCUAAUCUCUUUCAUUGAAAGUUACUUAUCAUUUGUAACAAAAGAUUUUACAUUUAUUAUAAGUAUCUGUGAAUGUGUUAGAGUGUAGUAGAUGUAUUAUUGAAUCUUCAGCUUUAUUUGUUAUUGUCGUUUGGACAACAUUGUAACUUAUAUAAAUCUAAUAUCAGAUUUUGGCUCUUUGAUCAACUCUGGAAUGUAAAAGAUUAUCAUACAAAUAACUACUUGAACAGGAAUUCUUCAGACCACAAUGUGUAUGUACAAAUAUAUAUAUAGGAAAUAUACUUGUUUCCAGAAAUAUAGGAAAAAUAAACCUCCGAAAAUAUAUUAAGGAGAGAAAUUAUUGUACCCAUUUGCUUAGGCAAAUUACCAAUAACCAAUACAAUUGUUAACAGGACAAUACAUACAAAAUAACAUUCAAGAUAAAACAUGCCUUGGAUUGAAGUUCAUUGUAGACCAAUUUUUAUUAUGCCCCCCUUCGAAGAAGAGGGGGUAUAUUGCUUUGCUCAUGUCGGUCGGUCGGUAGGUCGGUCGGUCCGUCCACCAGGUGGUUGUCGUAUGAUAACUCAAGAACGCAUACGCCUAGGAUCAUGAAACUUCAUAGGUAGAUGGAUCAUGACUCGCAGAUGACCCCUAUUGAUUUUGAGGUCACUAUGUCAAAGGUCAAGGUCACGGUGACCCGAAAUAGUAAAAUGGUUUUCGGAUGAUAACUCAAGAACGCAUACGCUUAGGAUCAUGAAACUUCAAGGGUAGAUUGAUCAUGACUCGCAGAUGACCCCUAUUGAUUUUGAGGUCACUAGGUCAAAGGUCAAGGUCACGGUGACCCGAAAUAGUAAAAUGGUUUUCGGAUGAUAACUCAAGAACGCAUACGCCUAGGAUCAUGAAACUUCAUUGGUAGAUUGAUCAUGACUCGCAGAUGACCCCUAUCAAUUUUGAGGUCACUAGGUCAAAGGUCAAGGUCACGGUGACCCGAAAUAGUAAAAUGGUUUCCGGAUCAUAACUCAAGAACGCAUACGCCUAGGAUCAUGAAACUUCAUGGGUAGAUUGAUCAUGACUAGCAGAUGACCCCUAUCAAUUUUGAGGUCACUAGGUCAAAGGUCAAGGUCACAGUGACCCGAAAUAGUAAAAUGGUUUCCGGAUAACUCAAGAACGCAUACGCCUAGGAUCAUGAAACUUCAUAGGUAGAUUGAUCAUGACUUGCAGAUGACCCCUAUUGUUUUUGAGGUCACUAGGUCAAAGGUCAAGGUCACGGUGACCUGAAAUAGUAAAAUGGUUUUCGGAUGCUAACUCAAGAACGCUUUUGCCUAGGAUCAUGAAACUUCAUAGGUAGAUUGAUCAUGACUCGCAGAUGACCCCUAUUGAUUUUAAGGUCACAAGGUCAAAGGUCAAGGUCACGGUGACCCGAAAUAGUAAACUGAUUUUCGGAUGAUAACUCAAGAACGCUUUUGCCUAGGAUCAUGACACUUCAUAGGUACAUUGAUCGUGACUCGCAGAUGACCCCUAUUGAUUUUCAGGUCACUAGGUCAAAGGUCAAGGUCACAGUGACAAAAAUCGUGCUCACACAAUGGCUGCCACUACAAUGGACAGCCCAUAUGGGGGGCAUGCAUGUUUUACAAACAGCCCUUGUUGUAGUUUAUUCAGAUUAAACAUGAAAGAUUCAAAUAAUGGUGACAUAUCAAAAUCAUGUUUUUCAUAAAACUUGUAUAGACAAAUAAAUGGUGUUUUUUGUUUUAAGUCAAACUUUGAAGUUCAAGGUCAAUACCUUGUAGUAAAAUAUAGGAUACUUCAAAAUCUACUGUUUAGUAACAGUAAUUAAAAAAACUCCCAUCCAUUGGGAAAAAAUAUGUUUGAAGUGCUACAUGUACUUUAGUUUUGUAGUUAUCUAGAUUGAGCCUUGUAGAUCAGGAAUAUGCCUGCCUGUGUAUAAUGUGAGGUUGUCCACACUGUCUGACUUACUUAUGGAAAGAUCUUAAGUGAAAAAGCUGAGUGCUGCACCCGUCUCCUUUUGUGCCCCCCCCCCCCCACCGGCAAUUUUAAAGUGAAAAUCUAAUGAUUUUUUUUUACAUAUGAUUAAAAUUGCAAAUAUUUAGGGAAAAAUAGAGAUUGUUCUGGAACUUAUUUCAAGUGUCACACAAAAUCUAAUGUCUACAUUUAAUAAAUAAUUAGAUAAUGUGACCGGUACUUUUCAAUUUUCAAAGCUUCCCUUUUAAGCGGCACCCUGUACUUUUUGUGAUAUAUCUCUUAGGGUUUUUUUGUGUUUUUUUUUCAGCAAUAUUAUUGAUCACAGAACAAAAGCUGUUAAUCUCAAAUGUAUCAUUGUUCAUAAUUGAACGGGAAAUAAUUUGUAUAGAAGACUUUAACAUGGAUGAAAUUAUAAAAACAUUUGUAAUACUUACAUAAUCUUGCCACAGAAAAUGUCACAGAUACAAGUCAUGUAUGAUAACUCAACAAAUUAAUUGGUACUUGCAAAUCUCUCAUGCAUAAAAUUGAUGUAAAUGUGCUUAUUUAGUGCUACCUUUAAAAGCAACAAAAUUUUAUUAACAAGAAUAAACUCUUGAAGAAAUAAAUUAAGUUUACUGGAUUUUAAAUUGAUGCUUGCUUUUCAGGUAUUAUUUGAUAAUAAAUUGAUUUAAGAUUACCGGUUGUGCAAAAUCAAUUUCUCUCACUCUUGCAACAAAGCAAUGUUAUUUAAGUUUUAGCAAAAUUAUUGUCCUCAGCUGACCCAUUUUUACCACUUUUUUGUUUAAAUCAACUAUUUACUCAUGAAAACAUGACGAUGUUACUUGUAAAUUAAAUGCAAUUAUAGUUUGAAAACUAUACUAUAUUGUAAUGAUGUCAUAAUGCCCGCAUGAAUCAUAUUUGACCUUAUGCAUUAGGACACCGUUAAAAAGAGAGUUCAGUGCUUGUUCUUCUUCAUUAAGUCAACCAAAUAAUGUGUUGCAAUAAAAAAUGUUUCAAUGUUUUUUUUCAUAACUGGUUAAUGGAUAAUAUGUAUUUUUGGCUGUUUUUUGUAUAACAUAUAUGCUUUCAAUCACUGCAGGAUGUUUUAAACAGGAACAUUAUUUUGCGUAUUUAAAAACAUGAUUAUUGUUCCAUUUAGGGAACAAAUAAUGUACUUAAUUUGUAUGUCAUUUUGCAUUCAUUUUUAUUGUACAUGUACUGGUAAUAGAAUUUCUGAUAAGUCUGUAUACACUUUGUUACACAAUAAAAAUAUCUUACAAUUAA